UUUCUGCAGUAUUUGGAUGUCAUCAGCAGGAUGAAGUGACAUGUGGAUGCUGAACGAAUAAAAUAGUGGCUGUGCUGUCAACGAAGCUUUAAAGAUGCGCACUUUUUGCGCAAUUUCCCUAAAUAUGUUCAAAUUAUGCCCCUGAGCUGUUAAAAAAUAAGAAUUUUCCAAUGGAACAGCUUGGAAUUGACGAUGUUUACGAGCGAAUCGGAGAAUUCGGAUGGAAGCAGAAGAUUUAUUUCUUGUUGAUCGGAGUCCUCGGACUCUAUGGUCCAUUCCAUCAAUUGCAAAUGGUUUUCGUCGGGCACGAUCCUGGAUUCAUGUGUCAGGCAUAUUUUGGAAACGGAACGUCUUUGUUGAACUCCUGUCCGGACAAUCGGGUGGACAAAUGUGAGAAAAUCACGUACUUAGGAUCACUGACUUCAGUGGUCACAACAUGGAAUCUCGUGUGCGAUCGAGCGUAUUUGGCGAAAACCGCACAGUCUGUUUACAUGCUGGGAACGAUGGCAAUCGGGCUUCCGGGUGGUCGUUUAUCGGAUAAAUUUGGCCGAAAACGGGUGGUCGUGAUCUGCAUCUUAAUGACGAUCAUUUGCGGCGGAAUGCAAGCAUUCGUUCAUGACUAUCGUUCCUAUCUUCUGUCGAAGUUCUUCCAAGGAUGCUUUUACGCUGGCACGAUACCCAGUUUCGUGCUGCUCCUUGAGCUCCUCGGACCUUCCAGACGCGGCGCGGUUGGAACACUAAGCGGUCUUUGGUUCAGUAUUGGAAUUAUUCUUCUUUCCGGUGUGGCAUACUUCGUGCAAGACUGGAAAGAGUUCGUUUUAGUCAUCAAUGUGGGCGGUCUAGUCGUUCCGGCGUUGCUUUUAUUGGUGCCGGAAAGCCCCCGCUGGCUGCUGCUUCACGGGAGGGAAGCUGAAGCGAAGGCCGUAUGGUCAAGCAUUGCAGAGGGGAACGGGAAGAAGUUUGAUCCGUCGUGGAAGAUAAUUGGAAAUGCGGGUGUAACGGACUCGGAUGAAAGUGCUUCGAGUCUCUUGCGGAACCCUGCUUUACGUCGGAUUACUUUGAUUCAGAUAUUUUCAUGUGCGCAAAUCACGCCGUGGAAAGCAAGGAACAGCGUCUUUGACAAUGAUCGGUUUACCAACAGCGUUGUGUAUUAUGGACUAGCAUUGGCUGCGGGAAAUUUCGGCAAAGAUUUAUACCUUGCGUCUGCGCUUUCCGGAGCUGUUGAAAUUCCUGGGACGUUACUGUUGCUUGUUGUUUUCCUUUGCCGGUGA